CGUUAAGUGGAUGUACAAUAGCGACUCCGUACAGCAGUGUAUCUCAAUCAUGGAGCACCUAUCCAUCUAUCAUGCGUUCUUCGCAUUGGCAUGCUUGGGACUCUUCAAGCUGGCACGGCGUAUUUCUAACCGUCGAGUUUUCGAGAAGUUCAAGAGUUUGAACGAAUGUCAGGGGGCCAUCGACAUUUCGGGCAGCUUUCCUUAUGGCUUGGAUCGCAUCAAUCGCAUCCGCAACUCGCGGAAGUCAGGCGAAGACUUUCUGGACGACAUUCUGGGAGGAGAAUUCAAGAAUGCCAGUACUUUUCAAAUGACCAUGGUAGAAGGCAGCUGCGUUCUUACUACUACUGAGCCAGCGAACCUGCAAGCUAUGUUGGCCACUCAGUUCAACAACUUUGAUACCGGCAAGAUGCGUCACAACCAGUUCUGGCCGGUGCUUGGAAAAUCAAUAUUCUCCAGCGACGGCGCAUUUUGGGAACACUCGCGAGCCUUGCUCAGACCACAAUUCGUUCGAGGCAAUAUCAACGACCUUGAAGAGACAGAGAAAGCUUCAGAUUUGUUCUUGAAGACUAUUGGAGCAGCUGGUCAUGAUGGGUGGACCUCAGAUGUCAAUUUGCAGCCUGCGGUUUUCAACUUCACUCUUGACGCAGCCACAUCUUUCUUGUUCGGAGAAUCAGUGGAGUCCCAAGCCGCCUACAUAAGUGCAAAAAAUGCUGAACGUGGCGGGACUAAGAAUGCCACGGCAGCACAAGAGGCUACGUCUGCAAUAUUCCUCGAUGCUUUCGCAACUGCCAGCGACUAUACAAUAUAUCGACUUAGACUUCAAAGUCUGUAUUGGCUGGCUGAUGGCUUCAAGUUCAGACGCGCAGCAAAGACAUUGCAUAACUUCACCGACCGGUUUGUUCAGCGUGCUUUGAUAGCGACCGCGGAGAACAAUGACCAGUCGACUAAGCCACCGAAUACCAGAACAAAUCUCCUAUACGCGUUGUCUACUCAGACAAGAGAUGGCGAAGAGCUCUGUGCUCAAGCUACAGCAGUGCUGUUCGCCGGCCGGGACACAACGGCAGCUCUUAUAUGUUGGUGCCUUCUUCGCCUUGCUCAACAUCCAGACAUCUAUGAUAAACUCCGGAAAACAGUGCUCACGACUUUUCCACCGGGAGAAUCAAUUGGCUUCGCAGAGUUAAAGUCUUGCCGCUCAUUGCAACACUUCAUUAACGAAGUUCUUCGUUUGCACCCUGCCAUUCCUUUCAACACUCGUGUGGCGAACAAGCAUGCCAUUCUGCCAAAGGGAGGUGGGCCCAAACAAGAUGCUCCAAUCGCUGUCUAUAAAGGUCAGACGAUUGCAUUUAGCCUCUAUCAUAUGCAUCGUCGUGAGGACCUCUGGGGAAAAGAUGCAGCUGAAUUCAAACCAGAGAGGUGGGAACAAAAGGUUCCAACAUGGCAGUUUCUGCCCUUCAGCGGAGGCCCAAGAAUCUGCAUUGGACAGCAAUACUCGCUGGUAGAAACGAGUUUCUUGAUAGUGAAACUUUUGCGCAGCUUUGAUAGAAUGGAGCCUGUUGGUUGGACUGAUGCUUCAGCGGUGAAGAGGGGGAUGGGCUUGACAAUGUGGCCUCGCGACGGAGUUCACAUGCGCCUGCACAGAGCGGCCAGCUACUGUAGUGGCUCGCUCGCAUUCGCAUUGGCACCGGCUGACAUAACCAGGCUCUGUAAAACAAGGUAAGCUCAGCUCAGCUCAGGGUAUGAUUCAUUCAUGCAUAGGGAACACUAAAG